CGGCAGAGCAAAGAGCAGAGGAGAAAAAACAGAAACCCAUUUCCCAAAAUUUUCCAUUUCCAUUUUCGAUUCUUCAUCGUUCUGGAAAACAGAGAAAGAAGAGUCAAAGAGGGCUGUCGCUUUCCUGGGAAUGUUUAUAGCCUUCCAACUUUCUUUCAAACCUCUUCCCUCAUCGCAUCGUCUUCUUUUCAGCGCAUUUCGUUUGCUCAGUACCGGUUGAUUCUUCGCUAUUUCUGUCUCUUUUGAUUCCUGGGUUGUUGGGUGAUUCAUUUUUUGUGUUGGGUUGAUCUGGGGUUUUCUUAAUUUUUCUUGAUUUUCGAGAUCUAGACAAUGUUUUAGCGAUGGUGUUCUUGGUAGAGGGUUUAGGUUUUUGGACAGAGAUUUGAUCUGGGGUUUUCUAAUUUUGAAGCGUGUGUGUGAUUAUUGUUAUUAUCAUUGGGUUUUAGAGAUGAAGAUUGAAGAUGGGUUGCGGGGUGUGGGUGGGAAGGAUGAGGAUAAGACUGUGGUGGCUGCUGUUUUGGGUACUCGUGCUUUUAAUUACAUGAUGUCUUGCUCUGUUUCGAAUGAGAAUCUGUUUAUGGCUGUGAGGAAUGAUGAUAAUUUGCAGAACAAGCUUGCGGAUCUGGUAGAGACACCCAACGCUUCUAAUUUUUGUUGGAAUUAUGCAAUUUUCUGGCAACUUUCCCAUUCAAAAUCUGGUCAAUGGGUUUUGGGAUGGGGAGAUGGAUCGUUUAGGGAUCCUAGGGAUGGUGAAGGAACAGAAGCUACGCAGAUUCUUAGCCUUGAGCUUGAAGAUGAGAGCCAACAAAGGAUGAAGAAAAGGGCAUUGCAGAAGCUUCAUACACUGUUUGGUGGGUCUGAUGAGGAUAAUUAUGCUCUUGGAUUGGAUAGAGUUACUGAUACUGAGAUGUUUUUUCUUGCUUCCAUGUACUUCUCCUUUCCUGGUGGAGAGGGGGGUCCUGGGAAGUGUUUCGCUUCUGGGAAACAUGUCUGGCAUUUGGAUGUGCUCAAUUCGCCUGCUGAGUAUUGUGUGAGGUCCUAUCUGGCUAAGUCGGCUGGGAUUCGGACCGUCGUUUUGGUGCCAACUGAUGUUGGAGUAGUUGAAUUGGGUUCUGUGAGAUCUGUGAGUGAGAGCUUAGAGUUGGUGCAUUUGAUUCGAUCGUUGUUUUCAUCUCAACGUUCGCUUGAUGGAGUGAGGACAUCGGCUGUGAUGUCGAGGAUGGCUGAAAGGAAGGAUGAAAACGCCCCAUUUCCAAGUUUGGGGAUUGCAGAAAGAGGAGGGGGGGUUCCUAAGGUUUUUGGGCAGAGUUUGAACUUGGGGAACGUGGGUCGAUCUCAUUUCAGAGAGAAACUCGCGGUUAGGAAGAUGGAUGAAAGGGCAUGGGAAGUAUGUCCCAAUGGAGGUAGAAUUCAGUUUCAAAGCCCUCGAAAUGGCAUUCGUAAUCCGAGUUUGGGGCAUGUUCAUCUUCUCAAACCGGGGAAUCCUACCGAAACUUUAGGCUCUCCAACUCCACCGGUAAAUAAUAAUCACGAGCAGCUUGUCAAUGGAGUUAGAGAUGAAUUUUGUCUCAAUCCCUAUCAAUCACAGAAGAUAGCCCAAAUGCAAAUUGAUUUCUCUGUAGCAACAUCAAGGCCGCCUUCUGUGAUGAACCGUGUAGGUGCAGAUUCAGAACAAUUAGAUAUAGAGCCUCAAUGCAAAGAAGAGGGACCUGGCACCGACGAAAGACGACCACGCAAACGAGGCAGAAAGCCUGCAAAUGGAAGGGAAGAACCACUAAAUCACGUGGAGGCGGAGAGGCAGCGUCGUGAAAAGUUGAACCAGCGGUUCUAUGCUUUACGAGCUGUUGUACCCAAUAUCUCCAAGAUGGACAAAGCUUCACUGCUAGGAGAUGCCAUUGCUUACAUUAAUGAGCUUCAGUCCAAAGUGAAAGCCAUGGAAUAUGAAAGGGAGCAAUCCGGGGUCACCUCAAGUGAAGCAACCCCUUCGGAUACGAACCCAGAAAUUGAAAACAAAGAUCAAUUCCUCGAUGUUGACAUCAACGUCGAAGCAGGUAACGACGAAGUCAUCGUUAAGGUUAGCUGCCCAUUAGAGUCACACCCUGCAUCAAGAGUUAUCAAGGCAAUGAAAAAUGCACAGAUCAAUGUUGUUGAUUCAAAACUCUCUGUUGAAGUAAACGAUACAGUUUUGCACACGUUUACGAUCAAAUCCCCCGGAUCGGAGCAGUUGACAAAGGAAGAGUUGAUAGCCACAAUUUCUUCAAUUUCGCGGGAUUCGACUCCGUUACAUCCUCUAUCAACAGUUGGGUAGCACAAGAACUACAGUAACGUAGUGCAUACAGAAGUUUUGAUUUAGAGAGAGCAGGUAUUAUUGUUAGGGAAAUAAGUAUUUAGUAUGAAUUAACAAAGUAGGAGCAGAGAAUUUAUGUUGUUUAUAGUACACAUUGUUAUUAUUGUUACUAUUCUGCAUAAUCAAGAUGGUCCACUGUUCUUAUUGUUCAUCAAGAAUCUCCCAAAACUGUUAUAUGUUCUUUUUAAUGUUAGCCCCUCAAAUUCUUUUGUUC